UCUCGGCGCCAUUUUCUUAGAAAAGAGAUUUUUCAACCGGUCCUUUUUAUAUGGAUUUUGUAUUGAAGUCAUUUAGGUUUCCCACAACAAACUAAAAAUUCGUUUCGGCGGCAAAAUGGUGUCGCUUCCUUCGGGGGCCCCACCAGCGCCACCAACCAAGCGCAAGGAGAUUUACAAGUAUGACGCACCUUGGACACUGUAUGCUAUGAAUUGGAGUGUGCGACCCGACAAGCGAUUUCGGUUAGCACUUGGAAGCUUCGUUGAGGAGUACAACAACAAGGUUCAGAUUGUGUCACUCGAUGAGGACACAUCAGAGUUUGUGUGCAAGAGCACGUUUGAUCAUCCAUACCCUUGCACAAAAAUCAUGUGGAUACCUGACAGUAAAGGUGUCUUCCCAGAUUUGCUUGCAACCAGUGGGGAUUACCUAAGGAUAUGGCGAGCAGGAGAGAAUGAAACACGGCCUGAAUGUCUGCUUAAUAACAACAAGAACUCGGACUUCUGUGCUCCGUUGACGUCUUUUGACUGGAAUGAAGUCGACCCAAAUCUUCUGGGAACUUCAAGCAUAGAUACCACAUGCACAAUAUGGGGUCUUGAAACGGGGCAGGUGUUAGGUCACGUGAACCUGGUGUCUGGACACGUGAAGACUCAACUCAUUGCUCACGACAAGGAAGUGUAUGACAUCGCCUUCAGCCGUGCCGGCGGAGGCAGAGACAUGUUUGCCAGCGUCGGUGCUGAUGGUUCGGUUCGCAUGUUUGACUUGCGACAUUUGGAGCAUUCCACGAUCAUCUAUGAGGAUCCAGUCCAUCACCCAUUGUUACGAUUAGCCUGGAACAAGCAGGAUCCAAACUAUCUAGCUACGAUGGCCAUGGAUGGAAUGGAGGUGAUAAUUCUUGAUGUAAGAGUGCCGUGCACUCCAGUAGCUAGGCUGAACAAUCACAGAGCGUGUGUGAAUGGCAUUGCUUGGGCGCCACAUUCUUCAUGCCACGUGUGUACAGCAGCCGAUGAUCACCAAGCGCUCAUCUGGGACAUACAGCAGAUGCCGCGAGCAAUAGAAGAUCCGAUCCUAGCCUACACGGCCGAGGGUGAGAUCAACCAGAUACAGUGGGCUUCGACGCAGCCGGACUGGAUAGCCAUCUGCUAUAACAACUGCCUGGAGAUCCUGCGAGUGUAAUGCUACUGUCUCUCUGUGCUGGGGUGCUGAUCGCGUGAGCGUGGCGCCACCUAGAGCAGCUUCCUGCCCUCCAGGUGAGGACACCGUACCGUUGCGGAACAAGCGCUCGCUCUCCCACGCGUAACCCCGUCCAACCAACCCCAGCGUCACGUAUUGGCCCAUGUGGUGAUGGAAGUGAGGGGUGUGAGUGUGGGAACAAGCUUUUACUCUUUCGUAGAAGAUGGCAUGCAAUAGUGGCCACUACUUUUGCCCAUGUCGGAGUGAAUACUGUCGGUGCACCCCGUCUUAUGUUAGAGAAACAAAACAACGCUUCUUUAAUAGUUGCGAGCGUUCACUGUCGAACACCCGUCUCUCAAUUCGUGAUGUAAUUCGUUGGGCAGUGUAGUCGGGUUAGUGGCGAAUGCGCCUGCAACGUGGCGUGGCAGGCACCUGUUCCACGCCCAUAUCUCUCUCGCGCCAGAGCAGGGCAUGGCUCUCCUAGAAAGGCAGAGCAAUUCUCGAAGCGCACGGGGUGGAUGGACUGUUCCCUUUGUGUAGCAAUGUACAUGGCACCUUAAGAACGUGGCGACUGAAAUACUGCUGCUAAUGCUGCCGGCGCGUUUUGGCUAGGUGGGUGCUCGCUUGCGUCAGACACGCGUGACUAGCCGAGUGGGAUCAGUGGACAGACUGGUGGCCAGCGAAUGUGUGUCGUGGUAGCUGUAGACAUCUGGUGUCUGCUUGGUUGGCGUGAAAGUAAUUUUUGUGCAGAGAACAUCUCGCAGGGUUUGUUUUGUACGACGACGCUGCGGAGCCGUCGUCGCAAUUCAUUACUAGUUUGAAUUUCGAAGCGGAGACUCAUCUUUUAUAUCGGAAUCCACUUGUAAUAUUUCGACAUUUUAUCAUCCAUAUCAUCGAUAUUCACUAUUUAUCAAAUUUCAUUUAUUUCAAUAAGUUGAGUAUGAUUUUUUGAAAAUACUAUUUUUGUAAGUGUUGUGUGUAGAAUUGUAGAUAGUAAAUGUGAUAGGCAUUAUGUCUGGCCAUUUGGCUGCUGUAAGGCCAGGUGAAGUAACCACUGGGUUGUCUGUACUUUUGUUUACUGUGUUUACUGGUAGGUGGCAGCACAAUGCCAUGUGCAGGUGGCGUUUGCAAGAGAUUUCAGCAGGUGAAUUUUUUAGGGUGCUGUUGGCAUGUGAGAGGCUGUAGUGUAAUGAUCGUGGUUUUUACUACCACUGUCAUUCUGCCGCAAGUCUUGCAACAAAAAGACUAGUCUAAUUCAAAUGCAUUUACAACAACUUGCGCCUUUGUUGUGUACACUGAACUUGGAGCUUCAGGCUAACUCUAGAGACUAGAAUGCCAUGUGCAACUUCUGAAAUCUUUCUGGAUCGGAAGAAGUCGACUCCGCUGCAAGAAAGUCGAACAUCGGUAACUCGUGUCAACUAGCGGUUUUUCCAUUGCUAAUGGUCACAGUUGUCUCUGGAAAAACUUGUAUCUGACCUUGCCUUGAUGCUCCUAGUUGUAAAAACCAGUUUGCUCUCAGUUGCUUUCAGUCACAAGUGUGAGAUAGGCUAAGCACAAGGUGUCAUAGUCCGCAAAUGCAGACGUUAUAACUCCGCUUUGCUAAUCUGAGAGUGCGGGUUUAUCCCCAUUACUGGGGUCUGCGUCGGCUCGGACUAAAGGUGUCACAGCUGGUGCGUGAGUAAUUGCCAAAAAAAACGUUAUACUAACAUAAUUAUCUGUUUCUGCUGUAACCUUCAGCUAUUGAUGUUGUACCAUAGGUAAGAAAGAGCUAGUUGGUCAUUAGCCCCAAAUCUGGAUUUAAUGAAGUCGGUUUGUAAUCUAUAACCCAUUUUAGGCAGUAAUCGAAUCAUUUCUAAUUUAAUACAAAAUGGAUAUUUUGAAUUUUCCAGCUAUAUUUGCAAAGCUAUUAUUUGAAAUUUUCCUUUUCAGCAUUCCCAGUUCGAACUUUUUCUUUUUUUAUCAGGUUUUCUGUAUGCUGCAAACUUACAAUCAUUAAGCUGUAUGAUUAAAAUAAGGCUAAAAUAUUUCUAAAGGAAUGCUUCUCAGCGACGUUAUUAAAGAUGUCAACAUUAUAUGCAAACUAAAGGGUUGCUCGGUAAGUGGAUUGCUGUUUAUGUGGUGUGUUUAUCACCCUAUUAUCAAAAUUCUUUUUUGUAACUUUUAUACAACGUACCAUUCUAGAGUAGGAAAAUAUACGGUCAAUUUCAUCAGGCUGCAACCGUGAUUUAAAUAAAAAAAAUUAAAAUUAAACUUGUCCAUGUUGCAAAGUGUAAAUAUUGAUGUAAGUGGAAAAAGAGUGUAUGACAGAAUAAACCAAUUAUUUGUUUCGUUUGACUCCUACAGUAGAUCCAUUGUAUUUACCUUUACAGUUGUUGUUGUUUAUAAUAGGAUCUGAUUAACCAUGAUUGGUGGUUAAUUUGGAUACAGUCCACGUUUGUUAGUGACUGAUACCCAUGGGGUCUGCUUGCAAACUUGUAAAUCGGUAACAUUUGUAUAGAGGUAACUAUCAGUUUGUCUGUGCUACAGUGUAUGGCACAUGUCUGCGUUGGCCAAGACGGUCAUGCAUAUUCGUUACAUGUCGAAUUGUUAUGUCUGUAAUGUAAUAUAAUGUAUAACAUAAAAGGUGUGUUCCCAUAAUAUU